AUGUGAAAACGACCAAUUUAAUUCCAGUUCCGACCAGUUCAAUGUAAAAAAGAAAACCAAAGUGCUGAACAUGGAGAUGCCGAACCCCCUCAAGAAACCAGAUAAAACUGUGGGUCUUUUGCCACAGACACAGCAGGUUCAGUCAAAACCUCGGUGGCAUGAAGCAAGCCCUAGCUUUAGACUUCAGGGACCAUCUCAAGAGGACACCCUUGGCUCUUUGCUCUCUAGAGAUGUGCAAGGAGCAGGGGUACAUUGGCGUCAGACUCGUCAUCGAGGUCCACAGCAUGUGGGGACCAAAGAUGGAGGGCUUUCAGGACUUUCUUACAGGCAUCGUGGCGGUGUCCAACCCAAGAAGGAUCGUGAGCAGUUUCGCAGUGCUCUUGUCAGCAUUAUUAUGCACCGUGAAGAUGCCAUUGCUACGUCCAUCACAGAAGACAGCACCCCAUCCACUUCGGGAUCGCCUACUGCUGCAGAGAAGGACAUUUUGAGGUACUACUAUUACAUCCGCAAUGGGAUAGGCACAGAGGACGUGGCAGCUAUGGAGGACUCUUGGCUUAAGAAUGUUCUUGCUUUAGUCCCAGAACACCUGAAGAGUUUGAGUGGAACCAUUGAGACUCUCUCAGAUGAGAUGAGAGAAGACUAUCUGCUCAGUGUCAAAAAGGCCAUAGUGGAUUUUGUGCUGCAAGACCCCAGAGAGAAUCAGGAGUCCAAAGCUAGAGAUCUCCCUGCACACAGACAGGAGUGAGUCCUGACAAGACACAAGACAAAUAGACCUUAUGUUAAAAAAACAUAUAUAUAUAGACUAUAUUGUCUUGUUCUCUUCUGCAGGAAGUUGCGCCUUGUUGAUGUGGAGGUCUUCCACAACGAGCAGGAAUCUGUGGAGCUGUCUGCUUUUCAGCAGUUAGUCAGCAAACACAUUGAAUAUGCCACAGGCAUCCUUCUCAAAAAGUGGAUACCAGAAGUGCAGCAAAUCUGUUGUCUUGGUAGCAAGCGCAAACUGAUCCCUAGUAACAGUAGUGUUGCUCGACUGCAGUCUUUCUACAACUGUCUGGCCACGCUCAUGACCUACCAGCUACAAAGCUUGGCACUGGAGUCUAUUCAGGACUACACACACCUCAUUGCCCAGGACCCUCGGUCAGUGCGAGCCUAUGAGCAUCCAGGGUUCGUCCUAAGGCUGGUGCUGGAUCAAAAUACUAUCAGAUUUGAACCUGAUUUCAAAGACUUUGAAGUCACUCUGCUAACUGUGUAUGACAUGAUGCUGAAAUCCUUAAGUUUGAUCCCUCGAGUAGAGAUGGAGCUGUACUCAGAAUGGCCUGGCCCAGAAACACAUCAUACUCUAAAGCCCAUCAUCUUGCCGGAGAUCCUGAAGGCCCAGCAGGAAAAGAUCACACGUGUAAUACGCGCAGAAAGAGCUGAACCUUUGAAGCAUGUCCGUCUUUAUGAUAAGUAUGCUCCGCUGGUGUCCCAGCAAGCUGAGGAGGAUGUUACCCAAUUCCUGCAGGAGCAGCACUCCUUCCAGGAGCUGAUGAUGGAGGUGACACGCUACCAGCAGUUAGCUGAUGAGAUCCAAUACAACACCCUGAAGGUGGUACGUUUGGGCAUGUUUGAAGUGCACUCCCAUGAUCUGGUCCGUGCCCUUGUGAAGCGAGCAGAGGGUCUCCUGCAGAAACUGGUCACUCACAUGUUGCAGGGUCAUCAAGAGUUCAAUAGCAAGUUGUGUGAGGAAUACGAUACAAUAUCAAAUAAAGCCCUCAGAAAUCCAUCAAACACACAGGAACUCAUGGAACUUCAGGCAUAUGUGAUGAAGGUGGAGGCUGAGGAAAUGCCUCAGUUGGAAAUGAAGCUUCAGGAGUCCAAUAGCAGGUUGUGUUUCUUGGUGGAUUAUGUCACAUUCUCGCACACAGACAUUCAGCUGAACAGCAAGACCUUCCAGUGUCAUGCACGCAUGCCUUCCGUCUUUGAUCAGCACCGCCAGAUUAUCAAAGAGAAGACCAACCAGUUCCAGAAUGGCCUGAAGUUGAGAUGUGAGAGGGUUGUGGAGGAUAUCGAGAGCUAUGAACAGCAAGUGGAGGACUUUAUGACCUUUGGUGACGUCUCUGAGCUCAACAAAUAUCUGAAAAAAGCCCAGGCCCUCAAUUCCAAACUGGAUUUGGUUAUGGAAAAGAUCAGAGGCUUCAACCAGGAGGAGGGGGCCUUUGGCUGGCCUGUCUCUCAGUACCCACAAUGCAAAACUGUUCAAGACCAUCUGCUCCCUUAUCUGCGGCUGUAUGAGACGGCGGCUGAGUUUCAGAAUCAGCACCGUCAGUGGGUGAACGGCCCACUCUCAGCUGUCAACCCGGACAAAGUGGAAGCUGACGUGGGUAACUACAGCCGUUCCCUGUACAAGCUUGAAAAAAGCUUCCAGGACUCACCCAAAGCUCUUCAAAUCGCCACCUCUGUGAAGACAGAAGUGGAAGCCUUUAAGGAACACAUUCCUUUAGUGCAGGUGCUUUGUAACCCCGGUCUCCGCGAGCGCCAUUGGGAGGCCAUGUCUGCAGUUGUCGGCUUCCCCAUCAAGCCCUCAGAGGAGGAUGCCUGUGUGGCCCAGUUUCUUCCACUGCAUCUGGAAGCUCACCUCUCUGCCUUUGAAACCAUCAGCGAAGGGGCCAGUAAGGAACACGGCCUUGAAAAGGCCAUGGAGCGCAUGGCUAGUGAAUGGGAGGGGAUAGAGUUCACCCUCCUGCCCUAUCGCGAAACUGGAACCUCCAUUCUGUCCUCAUUGGAUGAGAUCCAGAUGCUGCUGGAUGACCAUAUUGUCAAGACCCAGACCAUGAGGGGCUCACCAUUCAUCAAGCCAUUUGAGGCCGAGAUACGGGACUGGGAGGGCAAACUGCUUUUGCUGCAGGAAAUUAUGGAUGAGUGGUUAAAGGUUCAGGGCACCUGGCUCUAUCUUGAGCCCAUCUUCAGUUCCCCAGACAUCAUGGCCCAGAUGCCCGAAGAGGGACGACGCUUUACUGCUGUGGAUAAAACCUGGAGGGACACUAUGAAACAAGUCAGCCUGGUGAGUCAGAAAGCCCUACAUAUGCAGCAAAAUAUAAAAAAAACCUUGGGUUUGUUUAUAUCUAGAACUGAGAAUAACUCUUUGAAAAAGUUCCUGACAUAUCAAACUAUAUGCUUUUUCUUCUUCCUGUGACACUCUGGCCUAGUUUCUCUGCUUUCACCGUCGGCUUUAUGUUCCAGGGUGCAGCCCCACCUGAAGAAGUGUUUUGAGGGUAUUGCUAACGUCGUGUUCACUGACAUUUUGGACAUCACUCAUAUGAGGAGCAGCGAAGGAGAGGUGGUGGAGCUGCUGGAUAUCAUCUCUACAUCUAAAGCUCGUGGGCAGGUGGAGAAAUGGCUCCUGGAGCUGGAGACCGGCAUGCUCCACUCCAUUCACAAGGUGAUUGGAGAGGCGUUUGAAGCAUAUCCCAAAGACCUAAGGAUCAACUGGGUCAGGGCCUGGCCAGGUCAGACAGUGCUCUGUGUGUCACAGGUUUACUGGACAAAGGACAUCCAUGAAGCCAUUGCAAAGGGACCAAAGGCUCUUCAGGCCUAUCUCGAGCAGAACAAUACUCAGAUAGAUGACAUUGUGACUCUGGUGCGUGGCAAGCUAUCCAAACAGAACCGAGUAACACUUGGAGCACUGGUGGUGCUUGACGUUCAUGCUCGGGACGUGUUGGCUUCUCUGGUACAGAAGGGUGUGGAUGAUGAGACCAACUUUGAGUGGCUCAGCCAACUACGCUACUAUUGGAUUGAAAACCAGCUUCAGACAAAGAUGAUCAAUGCAGGCUUGGCAUACGGCUAUGAGUAUCUUGGAAACACACCACGACUGGUCAUCACCCCUCUCACUGAUCGCUGCUAUAGAACUCUAUUUGGAGCUUUACACUUACAUCUUGGAGGAGCCCCAGAGGGUCCUGCAGGUACUGGCAAGACCGAAACCACCAAAGAUCUGGCUAAAGCCAUAGCUAAGCAGUGUGUAGUCUUCAACUGCUCUGAUGGCCUGGACUACAUUGCACUGGGCAAAUUCUUUAAGGGCUUGUUGUCGUCCGGUGCCUGGGCCUGCUUUGACGAGUUCAACCGUAUUGAUCUGGAAGUGCUUUCAGUGGUGGCUCAGCAAAUUCUAACCAUCCAGAGAGGUAUUUCUGCCCAUGCUGAGAUGCUGCAGUUUGAGGGGACAGAGCUGAAACUGAACCCUACCUGUGCUGUCUUUAUCACAAUGAACCCUGGCUAUGCAGGACGCUCUGAGCUGCCUGACAACCUGAAGGCUCUCUUCCGAACAGUGGCUAUGAUGGUGCCAGACUAUGCUCUGAUAGCUGAGAUUGUGCUGUAUUCCUGUGGAUUUGUCAGAGCACGACCGCUCUCAGUGAAGAUUGUAGCUACGUAUAGACUGUGCUCUGAGCAGCUCUCUUCCCAGCACCACUAUGAUUAUGGCAUGAGAGCUGUCAAAUCUGUUCUGACUGCCGCAGGGAACCUGAAGCUGAAGUUUCCAGAGGAGAAUGAGGAUAUUCUGUUGCUGAGAUCUAUUAUUGAUGUCAACCUCCCGAAAUUUCUGUCUCAUGACCUUCCAUUAUUUGAGGGCAUCACUUCCGAUCUAUUCCCUGGAAUCAAGCUUCCAAAACCAGACUACAGAGUGUUGCUUGAGGCUAUUAAUGAAAACAGCGCUAAGAUGAACCUGCAGGUCACUGACUUCUUUGCUGAGAAGAUCCUGCAGAUCUAUGAAAUGAUGAUUGUGCGUCACGGCUUCAUGAUGGUGGGAGAACCCUUUGGUGGGAAGACGUCUGCCUACCGCGUGCUCGCCGCAGCCCUGCAUGACAUCUGUGAGAAGAGACUGAUGGAGGAGAACAGGGUUCAGAUCACUGUUAUCAACCCAAAGUCUAUCACUAUGGGCCAGCUGUAUGGACAGUUUGAUCCUGUGUCCCAUGAGUGGUCAGAUGGCAUCUUGGCUGUCAGCUAUAGAGCAUUCGCCACUUCCCAGAGUCCUGACAGAAAGUGGCUGAUUUUUGAUGGGCCUGUGGACGCAGUGUGGAUUGAGAACAUGAACACUGUACUGGAUGACAAUAAGAAGCUUUGUCUCAUGAGUGGAGAGAUCAUCCAGAUGUCCCCACAGAUGAGCCUUAUCUUUGAGCCCAUGGACCUGGAGGUGGCUUCACCAGCCACGGUAUCUCGCUGUGGUAUGAUCUACAUGGAGCCUCACAUGUUGGGAUGGCGGCCUCUGAUGCUGUCUUGGUUCAACACUUUGCCGUCUACUCUGAGCUCCAUGCACAAAGACCUCAUAACUGGCCUCUUUGACCGCAUGCUGCCAGCAUGUCUUCAGCUCAUCCGCAAAGGCACUAAGGAAUUAUCUCCUACGUCCAACACGAGCCUGGUGAGGUCUCUGAUGAAUCUGAUGGACUGCAUGAUGGAUGAGUUCAGAGAGGAGAGCCAGAUAAAGGGGAUGAGCGAGAGAGAUGUGUGCUCCUGGCUUGAGGGCAUCUUUGUUUUUUGCCUUGUGUGGUCAGUUGGGGCCAGCUGCAUUGAAGCAGGAAGGGUAAAAUUCGAUGGCUUGGUGAGGGAGAUGCUGGCAGGUGGUCUUAGUGAAGAGACGCGCACACGCCAUGGAAUCCUAGAGCACGUGGAGCCUCCCGCCAAGCAGCUGACGGUGCCUUUACCCACUGAGGGCACGCUCUAUGAAUACCGCUUCCUCAAAGAGGGUCCAGGCAGAUGGGAGUUGUGGACUGAGGAGCUGAAGGCUUUGCCCUCCAUCCCCAAAGAUGUGCAGUUCAACGAAAUAAUUGUGCCUACGGAGAACACUGUACGCUACACUGCUCUCAUGAAGCUGCUCAUCACUCAUCAGAAGCCCACUGUCUUUGUCGGCCCCACAGGGACUGGCAAGAGCGUCUACAUUCUAGACUUUUUGCUGAAUCAUCUGGAGAAGGAUGUGUACAGUCCUCUGUUGAUCAACUUCUCAGCCCAAACAACAGCAGCACAGACCCAAAACAUUAUUAUGUCUAAACUCGAUAAGAGAAGGAAAGGAGUGUUUGGCCCUCCUCUGGGAAAGAAAAUGGUGGUGUUUGUGGAUGAUGUGAACAUGCCAGCAAGAGAAACCUAUGGAGCCCAGCCUCCAGUGGAGCUCCUGCGUCAGUGGCUCGACCACUGGAACUGGUAUGACAUGAAGGACUGCUCCAUGAUCAACUUAGUGGACAUCCAGAUCAUGUGUGCCAUGGGUCCGCCUGGUGGAGGUAGGAACCCCGUGACUCCUCGAUUUUUACGUCAUUUCAACACAGUGACCAUUAAUGAAUUUGAUGGCAAAACCAUGUUCACCAUCUUCUCAAGAAUUCUGGACUGGCACUUGACCAUUAGAUUUCCAUUUCCUAAACCGUUCGCCAGCGUCACCUCUCAGAUCAUCAGUGCCACCAUAUCUGUGUACCAGGAGGCCACGAAAAACCUCCUACCAACCCCGACCAAGUCCCACUACCUUUUCAACCUUCGAGAUUUUUCCCGUGUCAUCCAGGGGAUCUGCUUAUCACGACCAGAGACUGCUGAUGACCCUACAGCCAUAAAACGCUUAUGGGUGCAUGAGGUCCUGAGGGUGUAUUAUGACCGCUUAGUGCAUCCGUCUGAUUGUGCAUGGAUGGUGGGCUUCCUGCAAGAAGUAUCCAAGUCUCACCUGAAAGAGGACUUCCAUCAGCUCUUCAAGCAUCUGGACAGUGACGCAGAUGGGCAUGUAACUGAAGACGACCUUCGAAGCCUCAUGUUCUGUGAUUUCCAUGACCCCAAAGGUGAGGACCGGAAUUACCGUGAGGUGGGUGACCCUGAGAAGCUCCGUCAGGUGGUGGAGACCCAUCUUGAAGAGUACAACAAUAUCAGCAAGGCUCCCAUGAAUCUUGUACUUUUCCGGUUCGCCAUUGAACAUGUAUGUCGCAUCUCCCGGAUUCUCAAACAGCCCCGUGGUCACGCUCUCUUAGUAGGAGUCGGAGGGAGCGGCCGACAGUCAUUGACACGCUUGGCCGCCCACAUGGCUGAAGCCGAACUCUUCCAGGUGGAGAUCUCCAAGAGUUAUGGGGUUACAGAGUGGCGCGAUGACCUCAAACUCAUCAUGCAAAAAUCGACAUCUGGGGAAACUCAUGGAGUCUUCCUUUUCACAGACACCCAAAUUAAGUUGGAGUCAUUUUUGGAGGAUGUGAGUAACCUGUUAAACACUGGCGAGGUUCCCAAUCUCUUUGCCGUAGAUGAGAAGCAGGAGAUUUGUGAGCGCAUGCGCGUCUUGGACCGUCAGCGUGAGCGUGACAAGCAGACGGACGGCAGCCCACUGGCUCUCUUUAACAUGUUUUUGGAGCGCUGCCGCAGCCAGUUGCAUGUGGUACUGGCCAUGAGUCCUAUUGGUGACACGUUCAGAAGCCGCUUGAGACGUUUCCCUGCUCUCAUUAACUGCUGCACUAUUGACUGGUUUCAGAGCUGGCCAGAAGAUGCGCUGCAGGCUGUGGCGUCUCGUUUCUUGGAAGACGUUGAAAUGACAGACACUGCUCGGGAAGGCUGUAUCAGCAUGUGCAAAAGCUUCCACACAUCCACCAUCAAUCUCUCUGCAUGUUUCCUUUCGGAGCUGCAGCGCUACAACUAUGUCACACCAACCUCGUAUUUGGAGCUCAUUUCUAUGUUUAAGCAUCUACUCCAGGGAAAAAGAGCUGAGGUCAUGAAACUAAAGAGUCGUUAUGAGGUUGGUCUCGAGAAGUUGGAAUCGGCUGCUACUCAGGUGUCCACAAUGCAGGUAGAGCUGGAGGCCCUUCAGCCUCAGCUGCGUGUGGCCAGUAAAGAGGUGGAAGAGAUGAUGGUGGUCAUCCAGCGAGAGUCUGUGGAGGUGUCCAAGACAGAGAAAGUGGUCCGCGUGGAUGAAGCAGAGGCUAAUGAGCAGGCAAUGGCUGCCAAGGCCAUUAAAGAUGAAUGUGACGCCGAUCUGGCGGUUGCUGUACCCAUUCUGGAAGCUGCAUUGGCUGCUUUGAAUACUCUCACCACACAGGAUAUAACUUUAGUUAAAUCCAUGAAGAAUCCUCCAGCUGGUGUCAAGCUGGUGAUGGAAGCCAUCUGCAUCCUGAAAGGCAUAAAACCAGACCGUAUCCCAGACCCCUCAGGCUCUGGCAAGAAGGUGGAGGACUUCUGGGGCCCAGCAAAAAAACUGCUAGGAGACAUGAAGUUUCUCCAGAGCCUUCAUGAGUACAAUAAAGACAAUAUUCCAGCCAACUACAUGAGCGUCAUCCGCAACAAAUACAUCACCAACCCAGACUUUGUUCCAGAUAAGAUCCGCACGGCCUCUGCUGCUGCAGAGGGGCUCUGUAAAUGGGUUUGUGCCAUGGACUCCUACGAUAAAGUAGCAAAGGUAGUGGCCCCUAAGAAAGAGAAGUUGGCACUUGCAGAAGAGAAGCUGAAGGUGGCCAUGGAGAGCCUCCAGAAGAAACAGGCUGCUUUGAAGGAGGUCCAGGACAAAUUGGCCAAACUACAGGAGACCCUGGAAGCCAACAAGAACAAAAAGGCUGACCUUGAAAAUCAGGUGGAGUUGUGCAGUAAAAAGUUAGAGCGUGCAGAGCAGCUCAUUGGUGGGUUAGGAGGAGAGAAGACCCGCUGGAGUGAGACAGCCUAUAACUUAGGUGAACUCUACAACAACCUCACCGGAGACAUUCUCAUCUCUGCUGCUAUAGUGGCCUAUCUGGGUGCCUUUACUUCCAGUUUUAGACAGCGAGCUACAGAGGAGUGGAUUGACAUGUGUAAGACAAGAGGAAUUCCCUGCUCCAAGAACAUGUCACUGAUGAACUCCCUGGGUGAGCCGGUGAAAAUCCGCAGCUGGACCAUUGCUGGCCUCCCUUCUGACAGUUUCUCCAUUGACAACGCAAUCAUCAUCUCUAAUGCGAGGAGGUGGCCCCUAAUGAUUGAUCCUCAGGGCCAGGCUAACAAGUGGCUGAAGAACAUGGAGAAAUCCAACAGUCUCCACGUUAUCAAGCUCAGUGAUGCUGACUUUGUGCGCACAUUAGAAAACUGCAUCCAAUUUGGCACUCCAGUAUUGCUGGAAAAUGUUGGGGAAGAACUGGACCCCAUACUUGAGCCCCUGCUACUGAAACAGACUUUUAAACAGGGUGGCAGUGUCUGUAUCCGGCUGGGCGAUUCCACUAUUGAAUAUGCUCCAGAUUUCCGGUUUUACAUAACAACCAAGCUACGAAAUCCACAUUAUUUACCUGAGGUCUCAGUUAAGGUGACCCUGUUGAACUUCAUGAUCACCCCAGAGGGGAUGCAAGACCAGCUGCUGGGCAUUGUGGUGGCCAGAGAGAGACCUGACCUUGAAGAGGAGAAACAAGCCCUCCUCGUACAGGGGGCUGAGAACAAGAGGCAGCUGAAAGAAAUAGAGGAUAAAAUCUUAGAAGUGCUCUCUGCCUCAGAGGGGAACAUUUUAGAAGAUGAGACUGCUGUUCAGAUCCUCUCAUCUUCUAAGGUUCUGGCCAAUGAGAUCUCUGAGAAACAGGCCAUUGCCGAGGUUACUGAGCUGAAGAUUGAUCAGACACGCUUGGGCUACACCCCCAUUGCUGUCCACUCUGCUAUUUUGUUUUUCUCCAUCGCUGACCUGGCCAACAUCGAGCCCAUGUAUCAGUACUCUCUAACAUGGUUCAUCAACCUCUUCAUCCUGUCCAUUGAUAAUUCCCAAAAAAAUGACAUUCUCGAACAAAGACUCCAGAUUCUGAAGGACCAUUUUACAUACUCGCUUUACGUCAACGUAUGUCGCUCUCUGUUUGAGAAGGACAAACUGCUCUUCUCCUUCUGCCUCAAUGUCAACCUACUCAAACACAACAAGCUCGUGGAUGAGAAGGAAUGGCGUUUUCUCCUGACAGGCGGUGUGGGUCUGGAUAACCCUCAUUCGAACCCCUGCACCUGGCUGCCUAAGACAUCCUGGGAUGAGAUCUGUCGAUUGGAUGAGAUGGAACGCUUUAAAGGCCUGCGGAAAGACCUGGCUCGACUCCGGGAGGGCUGGAAAGAGGUUUACGAUAGCAAGGACCCCCACCACACUGCUUUCCCUUCAGAGUGGCAAGAGAAACUAGGACAGUUCCAGAGGAUGCUGGUUAUAAGAUGCUUACGGCCAGACAAGAUUGUUCCCAUGGUUCAAGAGUUUGUGUCAGAAAACAUGGGGCAGCAGUUUAUUGAGGUGCCACCCUUUAAUUUGGCCACGGCUUUUGCUGACAGUCACUGCUGCGCUCCACUCAUCUUUAUCCUGUCUCCGGGAUCAGAUCCCAUGGCAGCACUGCUCAAGUUUGGUGAAGAACAGGGUUUCACAGGCAACAGACUGACCUCCCUGUCUCUGGGACAAGGUCAGGGUCCCAUCGCCAUGGGCAUGAUUGAGACUGGCGUCAAGGAGGGAACCUGGGUGGUUUUACAGAAUUGCCACCUGGCCACCUCUUGGAUGUCCACCCUUGAGCGUGUCUGUGAGGAGCUGAAUCCAGAUACCACUCACCCAGAUUUCCGCUUGUGGCUGACCAGUUACCCCUCUCCCAACUUUCCUGUGGCUGUACUGCAAAACGGAGUCAAAAUGACCAAUGAGGCUCCCAAGGGGCUGCGCUCCAACAUCAUCCGUUCUUUCUACAUGGACCCCAUAUCAGACCCUGAGUUCUUUGACAGUAGCUCAAAGCCGGCUGUCUUUAAGAAGCUGCUGUUCAGCCUGUGCUUCUUCCACGCCUUGACCCAGGAGAGGAGAAAAUUUGGUCCUCUAGGCUGGAACAUCCCUUAUGAGUUCAACGAGACAGACCUGCGGAUCUCAGUCCAGCAGCUACAAAUGUUCUUGGACCAGUAUGAGGAAAUCCCUUUUGAUGCUCUUCGCUACAUGACAGGAGAGUGUAACUACGGAGGUCGUGUCACAGACGACUGGGAUCGCAGAACCCUGAGCACAAUCCUUUCCAUCUUCUACACCCCCGAGAUCAUUGACAAUGCUGAUUACAAGUUUGACCCUAGUGGCCUGUAUUACUCACCACCAGAAGGAGAUUAUAACAGCUACACUGAGUACACCAAGACACUACCUCUAAAUCCCUCACCUGAAAUCUUUGGCAUGAAUGCCAAUGCUGAUAUUACUAAGGACCAAGUGGAAACACAGCUGCUGUUUGACAGCAUUCUUCUCACUCAGUCCCGUUCUUCAGGUGGCAGUGCUGCAUCUUCAGAUGACAUGGUGUACGAGGUAGCUGCAGACAUUCUCAAUAAACUUCCUCAAGAUUUCGAUACAGAUGCUGCCAUGCGCAAGUACCCCACCAGCUACAACCAAAGCAUGAACACAGUGCUGGUGCAGGAGAUGGGACGAUUCAACAAACUCCUCCAGACUAUCCGGGAUUCGUGUGUCAACAUCCAGAAGGCCAUCAAGGGUCUGGUUGUCAUGUCUGCUGAACUUGAGGAAGUUGUAAGCAGCAUUCUAAAGGGUCGCAUCCCUGCCAUGUGGAUGAAGAAGUCGUAUCCCAGCCUUAAACCACUGGGAAGCUACAUCAAUGAUUUUCUUGAAAGACUCCAGUUUUUACAGGGUUGGUAUGUGGGUGGCACGCCUGCAGUAUUCUGGAUGUCCGGGUUCUUUUUCACUCAGGCCUUCCUCACUGGAAGCCAGCAGAAUUACGCCCGAAAAUACACCAUCCCCAUUGACCUGCUCAGCUUUGACUUUGAAGUCAUGGAGGACAAGGAACACAAAAACCCCCCAGAGGAUGGUGUUUACAUCCGUGGCGUUUUCUUGGAUGGUGCCCGAUGGGAUCGGAGAACAAAGCGCUUGGCAGAGUCUUUCUCCAAAAUCCUGCAUGACGCCAUGCCUGUGAUCUGGCUGAAGCCCAUGAAGAAGCAGGACAUUCCUGAGCGUCAGUGCUACAUUUCUCCUGUCUACAAGACCAGCGAGAGACGUGGAACCCUUUCCACCACUGGACACUCCACCAACUACGUCAUAGCAAUGACCCUGAAUUCAGACGUGCCUCCAGAGCACUGGAUCCGUCGUGGCGUGGCCUUACUGUGUCAGCUUAACUCAUAGAUACACUUCUUGUAUCCUUUACUUCACUCUAUAGUAAAGUAUUUGUAGCUAAAUAAUAUUUUAGAUUUAGAAAUACCGUCUGUCUAGAGACAAAAAUUAUACUUUUU